AACCCAUUUCAACUGCCUAUUCAGAGCAUGCAGCAAGAGGAAAUCCACCAAGUCGCAAUAUAACAAUAUUCUUUACUCCUGGAUAGCUCAGUUAAUGAAAAAAUGGACACGGAACAUGGUAGGAGAGCAAAUCUUUCUCUCCCACAAGAGCCGUCCAGUGUGCCUGCAUUGGAAGUCUUGGCAGUACCUCCCCAGGAAGAAUCUUCAGGCAGACUAUCGAAGUCGGCCUCAUCCCCACCACAGUAUACAUGGCUGACAGUUUUGAAAAAAGAGCAGGAGUUCCUGGGGGUAACACAAAUUCUGAUCGGUAUGAUAUGCCUGUGUUUUGGAACAGUUGUCUGCUCUGUACUUGAUAUUUCACACAUUGAGGGAGACAUUUUUUCAUCAUUUAAAGCAGGUUAUCCAUUCUGGGGAGCCAUAUUUUUUUCUAUUUCUGGAAUGUUGUCAAUUUUAUCUGAAAGGAGAAAUGCCACAUAUCUGGCGAGAGGAAGCCUGGGAGCAAACACUGCCAGCAGCAUAGCUGGGGCAACAGGAAUUACCAUCCUGAUCGUCAACCUGAAGAAGAGCUCGGCUUAUAUUCACAUCCACAGUUGCCAGAAAUAUUUUGGGACCGAAAAGUGCUUUAUGGCUUCCUUUUCCGCCGAAAUGGUAGUGAUGAUGCUGUUUCUCACCAUUCUGGGACUUGGUAGUGCUCUGUCACUCACCAUCUAUGGAGCUGGGGAAGAACUCAAAGGAAAUAAGGUUCCAGAUGAUCGUGUUUAUGAAGAAUUAAACAUAUAUUCAGCUAUUUACAGUGAGUUGGAAGAUUGAGGGGAAAUGUCUCCUCCCACUGAUUCAUAAGAAUCACAUGUCCAGAACACUCUGAUUCACAGCCAAGAAUCCAGAAGGCCAAGGUCUUGUUAAGGGGCUACUAGAAAAAUUUCUAUUCUCUCCACAGACUGCCCAUUUUACAUUAGAUUUAUUCGCCAGAUGAGAAUAUUUUGUUUUUGUUGCUUCUGUUCCCCUUAAUAUUCUCCUUCCAUUUGUAGAUAUGAUAGACUCCUAUUUUUCUUGUUUUAUAUUAUGACUUCACACACCUCUCUGCUGGAAAGCCAACAUGUAAUAAGCAAGAUUUAACUGUUUGAUUAUAACUGUGCAAAUAUAGAACACAAGAAGGCUGGCUGAAAGUUGAGUUAAACUUUGACAGUUUCAUAAUAUUUGGU